ACCCUGGAGCUGGUUGUAACCUGCACAGGGCACUGUCUCCCAAGCGCUCCGCUUUGCGCUGGUGGGAGGAGCACAGUGUGGUUGUAAAGCUACUUUCUCUGGGAGUCUCCUCUGUCAAAUGGGAAUUCUGGUUCCCAAGAUUACACGGGAUAACGUGCCUGACACUGGGAAUUUGGAGCUGGAGGUGCUCAGAUCCUAGGCCAACGUCUAAGGGAGAGGCCACUUAAAUACCUGGUGCCCACUCUGGGCGACGCCGAGCUUGCUUGAGUCCAAGGGAGGACAGGGAAAGUGCCUCCAUUCUCGGCAGCCCCUGAAUCUGGUGGGAUUCCUAACCCUGUCCCGCCGCCCACCCCAUUCAGGUGGCGGCCAGCAGAGGGCGCCGCCCGAGCAUGGCCGAGGAGCGCCGAGGAUCCUGGUUCGGCUUCGGUUUCUGCGGCUUCGGGCAGGCGCUGGGCUCGGGGCGCGGGCGCCAGGUGCACAGCCCCGAGCCGCUGCAGACCCCGGGCGAGGGCGAGGGCACGGACGUCUGCCGCGUGAGCGCGAGCUGGAGCUACACCGCCUUCGUGACCCGUGGAGGCCGGCUGGAGCUGUCGGGCUCCGCGGGCUGCGCGGCGGGCGGCUGCAGGGACGCGUGGGCCUCGGAGGCGCUCCUCGUGGUGCUGCGCGCCGGGCCGGGACGCGGGUCCGGGACGGAGCUGCAGGCCUGGGCGCCGGGUUCGGCGCUGAGCGGAGAGCCCCUGUGGGCCCACACCGUGGGGCCGGAGGCCGAGGGGGAAGACGCACCGGGCGGUGAGCCCCAGGCCGGGGCCCUGCCCCUGUUGCCCGGCGGGCGGGCCUACGUGAGUCCGCGGCCGCCCUUCUACAGCCCUCUGGCCCCCGAGCUGCGGGCGCGCCGGCUGGAGCUGGGCGCCGAGCACGCGUUGCUGCUGGACGAGGCGGGCCAGGUGUUCUCCUGGGGCCAGGGCCGGCAUGGACAGCUGGGCCACGGGACUCUGGAGGCCGAGCUGGAGCCGAAGCCGCUGGAGGCGCUGCAGGGCGUACCCAUGGCUGAGGUGGCUGCAGGGGGCUGGCACUCCGUGUGUGUGAGUGAGACUGGCGAUAUUUAUAUCUGGGGCUGGAACGAAUCCGGGCAGCUGGCCCUGCCCAGCAGGAGCCUGGCAGAGGUUGGCAAGACCGCUGCAGGGGAAGCCAGUGGACUGAAGGAAGACGGUUGUGACGUGAGGACAGCCGAGGGUGAGAGUGGAGGCCUGGCCCCCUUCAUAGCCAUCCAGCCCUUCCCCGCUUUACUGGAUCUCCCCCCGGGCACAGAUGCAGUCAAGGCCAGCUGUGGAUCCCGGCACACAGCAGUGGUGACCAGAACGGGGGAGCUCUACACCUGGGGCUGGGGUAAAUACGGACAGCUUGGCCACAAGGACACGAGCAGCUUGGAUCGGCCCCGCCGAGUGGAGUAUUUUGUAGACAAGCGGCUCCAGGUAAGGGCUGUGAGCUGUGGGCCCUGGAACACCUACGUGUAUGCUGUGGAGAAAGCGGAGGGCUGAUGGCUCCAGAUAAGGGCAUAAGAAAUGUACAGUAAAUUCUACAGUUAACAUCUGCGAAACUCCCACCCCCGGCAAGGAAGCCAGCAGCCCAGAUGCCCGCACCCGCCCCUCCCGCCUCACCUUAGGGCCGUGCCUUCCACUUUGUCCUCAUGUUAGAAACACCUGGGAGCUUUGGAAGGGAAGCCCAAGGCCAGCACUGCAGACGCUGUGGGAUCAGACCCUCCACGUGGGGAGUCUAGGCUG